AACGGUUCAAGAUCGGACGUAAAAUCGAAAUCGGCCACCGUAAGCCAUGCAGCAAACAGUCACCAUCGUAACGCAAAUGUAAUGAUACCAAAGCCAUGGACUCGGUCAUCGGCGUCGAUGAGUCCAGUAGCGCAUAGUGGACCGAGAAGGUAUUACGACAGAGGGCCGUGUGGUAUUCCAGAACUUGAUAUGAUGAAUGAUAAUAUGCAUGUGAAGAGAGGUAACCGCCAUCUGAAUAGACCGAUUAAUUUCGAUAUUCUGAAUACGGACUUCGAUUUUGAGGCGAAUUUGGCGUUGUUCGAUAAGGAUGUGCGUUGGUUUGUUUGUGUGCAACAUUCGUUGAAUUUUUGUUUGUUAUUUGUUUGA